UCAUCUGGCCACCACACUCCCUCGUGUGCAGACCCGGCUUUCAUCGGUGCUCGCUAACAGUGCUUGCCCCAACAGUCUGUUCAGGCUCUACGGGUGACCUUUUAUUUUGUGUAUACACACACUGGACUAGCUACUGACAGAGCUGUAGUUAAUUUAGAGUACAGAAGUUCUCAACAAACGAGUACAGUAUUUUAUUCAAUCAUCAUCAUCAUUACCAUCAUCACCACCACCAUCAUCUUUUACACCACCACGCGGCCACGUAGGGCCAACUUGGACUCGAUUCGGCAGUAGAUCUGUCGAACAGGACUUCUCAACACCUAUAGGUAGAAGGUUCCACCGUCGUCGUCGUCGUCAUCAUCAGCUGCACUACCGUGCGGCCAAACUGGACUGAUCGGAACGCUCCUACCCAAAUUUCAUCUCUCCAUCAUCAUUAACAUCAUCAUCAUCAUCAUCCCCGCGGGCUCCGAUGGCUGGUGCUGGCGGGCUGACGAUGCCCCUGCUGCUGCUAUCGCCGCUGCUGCUGCUGGUGCUUCAACCCCACACGCCUCUCGCGAUGUCCACCUGUCGGAGCCUGGACCUUACCGAGUUGACGCGCAAGCGAAUCGAGGCGAUCCGCGGUCAGAUCCUGAGCAAGCUGCGGCUGGCCGAGCCGCCUGAGCAUUUCGAGGGCGGCGGCAGCCAGGCGGUGGUGGUUCCGGGCUCCGUGAUGGCCCUCUACAACAGCACCCGGGACAUGCUGGUGCAGCAGCAGCGGCGGCGGCUGUCGAUCGAGCAGGGCUGGUGCGCAGAGGCGUUGGCGCGCGGCGAGGAGCACUACUACUCGCGAGUGGCGCACAUCGUCAACUGCAGCAGGAUCAACAGCGACUCGAGGGGGACGUUCGAGUUCGACGUCAGCGCGCUGACCUUCGACGUGCGCUACGUGUCGGCCGAGCUGCGCCUGCUGAGGACGCCCAACCCCGAGGCGACGCUCCCCGAGCAGCGAAUCGAGCUCUACCAGCUGCUGCCUGGCCCGGGUCCAGACAACCUGACUCAGCGCUUUGUGUCGAGCCAAGUGGUGCAGACGGGAGGGGAGGAGGAGCUACUCGCGUUCAACGUCACCGACACGGUGCAGGCCUGGCUGCAGGAUUCAUCCACGAACAAAGGUUUCAAGAUCUCCUUGCACUGGCCAAGCGACUCAACCGUACCGCAACCGGGGAUGCAAGUUCACUUCGAAGAAGGGCGGGUGGUGGGCCCGGUCCGGCACGACAUGCAAGUGAUCGAGGUGUACAAGAUGGCGCAGGAAAAGGGACGGCUCCCGUACCUGCUGAUCAUGACGCAGUCGGGGAGCCCGAACGGCUCCGACGGGGCGCAAGCCUCCCACUCUGCUCGGAGGAAGCGCACGCUCGAUGAGAAGUACUGCAUGAGCAAUCAGGAGGACAACUGUUGCCUGAGGAAGCUGUACAUCGACUUUCGGCGCGACCUCGGCUGGAGGUGGAUUCACGAGCCCAAGGGAUACCACGCCAACAUGUGUGCCGGGCCCUGCCCCUACUUGUGGAGCUACAACACGCAGUACACCAAGGUGCUGGGCCUGUACAGCCUGCGCAACCCCGACGCGUCGGCCUCCCCCUGCUGCGUCCCUCAGGAGCUCGAGCCGCUCACGAUCCUCUACUACGUGGGGCGCGAGUCGCGCGUCGAGCAGCUCUCCAACAUGAUCGUGCGCUCCUGCAAGUGCAGCUGAACGGCGCCACGGUCCAACAGCACCGACGUCAAAGACGCACGAAGAUUUCCCGUCCCCCGCCUCCCCCGCCCGC